AAAAUAUAUUUAUAUUUUAUAAUUUCCGAAAACCAAAAAAUUUGCAGGAAAACGCAGGAACUUUACACUUUUUUUUAACAAAAUUGCAGUCAACGAAAGGUCGAGGGGUCCCUUUAAAGCAAAUCCACACGCGUCGAACCAUGCAGUCAGGGGCUGUGGCUAGACGGCCAUGGCUGCUGCUGGGCCUGCUGGUGGCCCUCGGCGUGGUGGCGGACGGCUUUUACGUGCCCGGCGUGGCGCCGGUGGAGUUCGUCCAGGACCAGAAGAUCGACGUGAAAGCGGUGAAGAUGACCAGCAGCCGCACCCAGCUGCCCUACCAGUACUACUCGCUCAAGUUCUGCUACCCCAAGCAUGGCACGUUCAUUUUCAAGUCGGAAAACCUGGGAGAAGUGCUGCGCGGUGACAGAAUCGUGAACACGCCGUACGAGGUCCGGAUGAACCAGCAGGUCAACUGUCGUCUGCUGUGCAACCAGAAGGAUAGACCGCUGACCUGGAGCAAGGAGGAGUCGGCACUAGUCGCGGAGCGUAUCCAGCACGAGUACUUUGUCCACCUGCUGGUGGAUAACCUGCCGGUGGCCACACGCAUUGUCAACGUUAACAACCCCUCGGAGGUCACUUACGAGCAUGGCUAUCGGCUUGGCCAGGUGGAGGGGGACAACAUCUACAUAAACAACCACUUAAGGUUCAUACUGUCCUACCAUAUGCACUCCAAGGACAAGUACCGAGUUGUCGGCUUCGAGGUGGAAACGGUAUCGGUCAGCCACAAGGAGCUCAAGUUCCACGGCGACACCUGCAACUUCCCGGACAGUGCUCGGCCACAGCAGGUGAAUCCCAACGGCGAGACUCAGUUGUACUUCACCUACUCCGUGGAGUGGAAGGAGUCCAAGGUGAGUUGGGCCUCGCGCUGGGACAUAUACCUGGGCAUGCGCGACGUCCAAAUCCAUUGGUUCAGCAUCAUCAAUUCCCUGGUGGUGGUCUUCUUCCUCUCUGGAAUCCUCACCAUGAUCAUGAUCCGUACGCUGCGACGGGAUAUUGCGCGCUACAACACGGAUGACAACAUUGAGGACACGCUGGAGGAGACCGGCUGGAAGCUGGUCCACGGCGACGUAUUCCGUCCACCGAAGAACACGCGACUUUUCUCGGCGAUAAUUGGCAGCGGCAUUCAGAUAUUCUUCAUGUCGCUGAUAACCAUAUUUUUCGCUAUGUUGGGCAUGCUGUCGCCAUCGUCGAGGGGAGCCCUCAUGACCUCGGGAAUUUUCAUGUAUGUCUUCAUGGGCACCAUUGCUGGCUACUACGCGGCACGGCUCUACAAGACAAUGAAGGGUCGCGAGUGGAAGCGGGCUGCCUUCCUCACCGCCACCCUCUAUCCAGGCAUUGUCUUUGGCACUGGAUUCUUUUUGAACUUUUUUAUAUGGGACAAGUCAUCCAGUGGUGCUGUGCCUUUUACCACCAUGAUAUCGCUUCUGCUGCUGUGGUUCGGCAUUUCGGUGCCAUUGGUUUACCUGGGCUUCUACCUGGGUUACCGCAAGCAACCGUACCAGCAUCCAGUGCGCACCAACAUGAUCCCGCGACAGGUGCCCACACAGCAUUGGUACAUGAAUGCCGUGUUGAGCACACUAAUGGCUGGAAUCUUGCCUUUCGGGGCCGUCUUCAUUGAACUCUUUUUUGUGUUCACGGCCAUUUGGCAGAAUCAGUUUUACUAUCUGUUUGGCUUUCUCUUUUUGGUGUUUUGCAUCUUAGUUGUAAGCUGCGCCCAGAUCUCCAUAGUCAUGACAUAUUUCCAGCUGUGUGGCGAGGACUAUCGUUGGUGGUGGCGCAGCUUCGUUGUGUCCGGAGGCUCGGCCGUCUAUGUCCUCUUUUACAGUAUUUUCUACUUCUUCACCAAACUGGAGAUCACAGAGUUUAUACCAACACUGCUUUACUUGGGGUACACGGGUCUCAUGGUGCUAACCUUUUGGCUGCUGACCGGAUCGAUUGGCUUCUUUGCCGCCUACGUUUUUAUUUUGAGAAUCUACGGAGCUGUGAAGAUCGACUAAGAAAAGCUCUUGUGUCAUCCCCACGUCACGCUGAACACCAAACUAUCCUUGCAAUAUCAUUUGACCACAUAUAUAUUUAUAAAGCAACUGUACCAAGCCUCGUUCAGCUGCGCCUCAAAAUAAAACAAAAAACUACUAACGAUUCCCUGCGUGUCCCAGCUCCCACUAAGUCGAAAGCAAGAUAUUUAGCCCACGGAGGUGGCUCGAUUUACGAGAGAGUUGCGUUUA